CAACACAUUCCAUUUUAUAGAAUGUUGUAUCAUAGUAUACAUCUCCUUUGGCGUUUUCCUACACACUCCAUUUUCAACAUUUUAAUCUAAUAUUUUGUAGCAUCAAAACCUUGGAUUCGGAGCCUAAAAGUCUGCAAAUGGCCACUCGCUACCAGCCUUCUUUCUUGAAGAUCUUGCAGGACCCAUCCGCUGCCUCUUACAUAGCACUACCACCUGAUUUUGUCCGUGAUCACAUGGAGAACAAGAUCCCUGAGAGCUCGAUAAUCCGAUCUGUAACUGGAGAGCAUUCAUGGAGUGUGAAGCUCAAAAACAUUGAUGGAAUCCACUGUUUUGCAGAUGGAUGGAACAGUGUAGUUGCAGAUAGCCAGUUGGGUUUAUGGGAUUUUCUUGUAUUUUCGCUAGUUGAUGAAUCCACCUUCACACUUACAAGUUUCGGUCCCAAUGGGUGUGAAAAAUUUUUGCCCUCAGAAAUCCCUGAAAAGAAUGGUAAAGAAGAAGAAGAAGAAGAAGAAGAAGAAGAAGAAGAAGAAGAUAAUAAUGGUGCUGGUGAUCAUGGUGUUUGUCGUGAUGGCGAUGAAGAAGAUGAUGAAGAUGACUGCGGUGAGAUCGGCGGGGAUGAUGAUGAUGGUGUUGGAGAUCCUCUCUUUAAGAUGAUUAUAUCUCAAGGCCACAAAUGUUGUAUGCGGGUCCCAUCGGAAUUUGUGCGGUUGGCCGGAAUCGAGGCGGGAAGAAGAAGUAUAAUCAUGAGGAAUCCUGCCGGAAAAGAGUGGCAGAUGAGUUUUCGUUCAGAGAGCAAGGUGUGUACAAGGUACUAUUUGUCUUCAGUUUGGAGUGAUUUCUGGCGACUGAAUAACUUAUCAGAAGGAGAUGAAUGCGUCUUCAAGUUCAUAAAGAACGAAGACAAAUUACUUCUAGAAACCAUAACCAAGAAACACCCAGCCGGAAAAGUUCAGGCAGCUGAGGUCCCGGCGACUGUGGUUUUGAAGAGACCGGUAGGGCGGCCGCCGCGUGUGGAGGUGGACAAGGAGGUGCGGGCCAAGAAGCCAGCUGGCAAAGUUCAGGCGGCUGAGGUUAGGAAACCGGUAAGACGGCCGCCGCGUGCAGAGGUGGUGAGAGAAGAGGUGGGGAAGAGAUCAGUUGGAAGACCACGUAAGAGGAAGUAGAAGAGUACAGCUGGCCUCUGAUGUUACUUUUACAUUUUUAGAAGGUUUAGUGGGCUAACUUUAAUUGUUGCGUAUAUGUAAAAUGUUUGGCUUUAUGUGAAACAUUUUUUUGGCCCUGUUUAACAGUUAGACUUAAUUGGUAUGUAAUGUAGGGGUGUCAAAUAUAUGCUAAAGAAAAUCAAUGAAUAUGCU